GGCUAGGUCACUGCAGAGAGACGUGGGAGUCCCGGGUUCGAGCCCCUGACGGUGCGGGGCCGACCUAAUGCGGCAAGGGCGCCCGCCUGAGCCUCCGUUGCGUUACAGUAUAGUAAGAGCGCCGUCUUCCGCAGAACUAGCUCAGAUCCAGGUGACUGUAACGGUCUGAACAACGGGAGAGAGUAAGGGCGGCCUUUUAUUAAAAUAACUGUCCAAUGCAGUCAUUCAGACAGUGAUAAAAACAUUAAUUCUGUAUCCUAUCUGUUCCUAUCUGUGGCCUUAUAGAAAAGGAAAAGCGACGCAUGGCGGUUUUAUACAAAUCGGGAAAACUCAUGAAGAAGCUGUGCGAGGUGGAAAGGACUGACGUGCGCCCCCCGGUGCUGUGCUUUGCUGUGUUGUAGGUGGUCCACUGGCAGAGCCCCCACAUGCACGCGUACUUCCCCGCUCUCACCUCCUGGCCCUCCCUUCUCGGCGACAUGCUGGCGGACGCCAUCAACUGCCUGGGCUUCACCUGGGCCUCCAGUCCAGCGUGCACCGAGCUGGAGAUGAACGUGCUGGACUGGCUCGCCAAAGCCCUCGGCCUGCCCGACCACUUCCUCCACCACCACCCAGACAGCAGGGGCGGGGGAGUCCUGCAGAGCACGGUCAGCGAGUCCACACUGAUCUCCCUGCUGGCGGCCAGGAAGGCUAAAAUCCUGGAGAUGAAGGAGAGCGAACCAGCGGCAGACGAGUCCGUUUUGAAUUCGCGGCUCAUUGCCUACGCGUCAGACCAAGCGCACUCGUCAGUGGAGAAGGCUGGCCUGAUCUCCCUGGUGAAGAUCCGCUUCUUGCCCGCGGACGAUCAGUUCUCUCUCCGAGGGGAGACCCUGCGAGCGGCCAUCGAAGAGGACAGGAAGAGAGGCCUCGUGCCGGUUCUGGUCUGUGCAACUUUGGGCACGACUGGAGUGUGCUCAUUCGACCGCUUGUCUGAGCUGGGACCAGUUUGUGCCAGCGAAGGCCUCUGGCUGCACAUAGACGCGGCUUACGCUGGGACGUCCUUCUUCUGUCCGGAGUUCAGGGACUUCCUCAAAGGCGUCGAGUUUGCCGACUCGUUCGUCUUCAACCCCUCCAAGUGGAUGAUGGUGCAUUUCGACUGCACUGCUUUUUGGGUGAAGGAUAAGUACAAGUUGCAGCAGGCCUUCAGUGUCAACCCAGUCUACCUCAGGCAUGAAAACUCUGGUGCUGCCACUGACUUUAUGCACUGGCAGAUCCCACUCAGCCGAAGAUUUCGCUCCCUUAAACUGUGGUUUGUGAUGCGCUCGUUCGGAGUAAAAAACCUUCAGGCGCACGUCCGUCACGGUGUGGAGAUGGCAAAGCUCUUCGAGUCUCUCGUUCGGAGUGAUCCUAAUUUUGAAAUUCCAGCGCAGAGACACCUUGGACUGGUGGUGUUUUGCUUGAAGUUUCAGAAAGAUAGUUCCUCCAAGGGAGGAAAUGCUCUGACCGAAGAGCUCUUGAAGUCGUUGACAAAAUCCGGCACCAUGUUCCUCAUUCCAGCAGCCAUCCGUAAGACCCUUGUGAUCCGCUUCACAGUGACUUCCCAGUUCACUACCAAAGAGGACAUCCUGAGAGACUGGGGCAUCAUCCAGCAGACCGCUGCCCAAAUACUCCUCAGGAGUUCAGAGAACCAUUCCUCUGGCACUGCAGAGCAGCUGUCUCACACCAGCAGUAGCGCCGGGGAAAAUGUCUUAGCUAAAAUGUUGUCCGUGCCUGAGCCCCAGAAACCUAGAGCAGCAAGGAGACAUCCUGUGAGCGAAUCAGAUGGGGAUAAACACUCUGGCUGUCUACAGACAGAGCCACUGGGAGACCCUUUCGAUGACACCUUCCCUGUGGAGGUUCAGAAAGUCAAUAAGUUCAAGCAGGCCUCCCAGGUCUACAGCCACCUUGCGGGACAAGGGCAGAAAAAAAAUACCCGUUCCCUGAGCUGUAACAGCGAACCGCUAAGCGUCCUGAAAGACCUCAACAUCCUCCAGCACCUCUCCCAAGAGGGGUCUGUCAGAAAUGGGCCGUGCGCGAAAGGGGGCCUCCUCUCCAGUCUCCCCAAAAAUGUUACCCUGCUGGAAAAAAGUGCCUUGAAAAAGCUAACCAAGUUUUACAGCGUGCCCAGCUUUCCCCAGUGUGGCAUUCAGUGUGGCAUACAGCAGCCCUGCUGCUCCUUGAAAAGCUUGCAGAUAUUCCACAAGCCAUGGUUCUCAUGCAACAGAGUGAAUUCCGCCUUAACCUGCCUCAAACACCAGAGUUGACUAACCCCUCGUGGGGAAACCUGUAGGCCAGAGGUGAUUUAUCAUGAGUACACCGAAGAGGAAUUUUAGACUCUUUGGAAAAGGUAAAACACAUUGAUGGAAACAGAAUUAUCAGUUUUAAUGAAAGAAAACACUUAUUUUACUUCUUAACAGAACCGUUUAGGCAAAGGUUUAUAUGCUGCACUCUUUGCUGGACAGUUAAAGCUACGUACAGAUCAUGCCUUUCUCUUUCACUUUGGAGGUGUCUGGAGGUCAAUUACUUUUUAAUUUCAGAUGGAGAUUUUGCUUUAAACACAGGCUUACUGAUGAUAUUUUUUUUAGCAAAAGCAAAUUUAGACUUUCGUGCCGGUAAAUGUCCACUGUAUUCCGAUACAUACCUGUAUGUAAACCAGCAGCAGUGAAAAAGUGCUCUCAGGUCUAGUUAAUAACAGCCUUCAUCUUGCACUGUGUGAUCACAUGAGGAGUGUGGACCUGUCGUGAGAUGAAUCUGUAUCCUUGCACAGAUGUACUAAAAUUGCACAUUUGUGGUAGAUUAUGGACGGACUGAUGUAUUGAAGUGAACCCACAAUAAGGACAUUUUUGUUUCUCUCCUGUGCCUAACUUUUCUGCUACAAUUGAUUAUAUUAUUAUUUUAAAUUCUGUAUGUGUAGAAUUAGCUACUACAACUACUUUCGACAAGCAAUUGCAAUCAUGCUCUAAUUUCACCAGUUAUUUUUGCAAAAGACAAGUUUACCUUUGUUUAUAGAUUGACAAUAAAUCCUUAUCUUUUGAAUAAUUCA